AUGGUUCUCUGGAAAAGAAGCAUAUACACAGUGGUGACACCACUACCCCCCACAGUCAGCCGAGAAACAGCUGUGGAGAUGCUGCAUUCACACAGCGAGAUGAUCGAAUUGAAUCCACUGGUCAUCAAUCAUACGAAAGCCAAGCCUCCACCAAAUGCGCCUCCGGAUGAAUUUCACUGCACCUGGUACGAACUCACAGAUCGCAUCACAUAUCUGCCAGGCAUCAAAGGCCAAGUCAGUUACAAGGCCUGUUUCCACGAUUUACCGCGCGGUCUCCAAACUCACGUCUAUGCUCCUGCUGGCCUCGAGAUUAAGGAGAAAUGGAGUAUUGGAGGCAAUGAGCCAGGAGAAGAGCGCGAGGUCAUCGAACUUGGUCUCGGCAAUCUCGGUGUACCACGUGAAGGACUAUACCUACGCGAAGAUGUCGACAUGAGCUGUAACGUCUUCCUCACAGGUUUCGUCAAGAAGACACUGAACAAAGCUCAUGGCGUGCUUGUAGACCGAUUAGUCGUCAAGGCAGACUUAGCAGACGACAAGAAGCAGAGAGAGGGCUUUCGUCGUGCGUCGGUUCUCACGGGAAACAGUGGAGUCAGUGGUAGUGGUGUCGGACUUGGUCUCAGAGUCACCUCGCCGACAAUCACCUCGCCACGAUCAUCCCAAAGCCAUAGCAGUAUGAGCGAUGUACACCGGAGCCACAGCAGCGUGAGCGACAUGCGACGGAGUCACAGCAGUAUGAGCGACCACAGUUUUGCAGACAGCACGACGCCUGCAACAACAAUACGCGGCGAUCAUCCCGAAGGCCCACCACUUCAGAGCAUCGCGGAGCUUGAAGCUACAGACAAGCUCUCCGCACACAAAGGGGCAACAUUCGAGAUACAGUAUCCGCCACCUCCGCCAGUCGAAAUGCCAUGA